AUGCCUAUGAUGGCGAAAGGCACAGCAGCGAUUAUGAAAGGCCAGCGAAAGGUUCGCCGGAGGCCUAAAUUGAGCGUUAACAGCUUUUCGCCGAAAGUUGCGAUUGGUGUGCCAUUGGCGGCACGCAGCUUGGUCGGCGAUGGCGAGACGACCUCAUCUGAGCUACGGGGUAUGACGCUAACUUCGGCACCAGUGUCGACUAGAAACUCGAUGCCGGAAGUUAAAUCCCUAACACGGAUGAGGCGACUUUGGUGUUGGCCGGUCGCGUCCGUCGCCGUUACGGACCGGCCGAGGUUUCCCUGCUUCUUGGCGAAGCUGCAAGGUUUGAUACAUUUACGAGCUGCGGUACCAAAACGCUGGUGGUACCAACAGCUAGCUUGCCUGUUGUUAGAGUUAGAAAGUUUGCAGGGCGAUUUGAUCGGCUAUGACGACGACGGUCCAUA